AAACGCUCAUUUUACAGAAGAAAUAUUUUUCUUUUCGGAAGAAGAUCCCGACAAAGCGGCCCUAUUUCUUUUCAGGCAGAAAAAGUCGAAGAAUCCGAAAAGCAACGAUGUACGCCAGGACAAAUACCGGCAGCACACAUGGAGACUUUCAAGAUAGAAACGGAGUAAACUAUGUGACAUCGACAGAGUCUUUCAGCCACUGCUCUCAAUUGUUCUGGAAAAAGGACCCCAACGACUCCGGACCAAGUACAACCAUCAGUUGGUGUGAUCAGCUCCCAUCAUCCUCAGCGACACUCUCCAGCCCCAGUCUCUCCUCAGCAUCACUCUCCAGUUCCAGUCUGUCCUUGGAGUCUCGAGCACCACCGCCUCCGCCGUCACAGGCACCAGCAACACCAGCCUCAGAUGACAUGGAAUCAGAUGAGAGGCCGUACGUCUGUGACAUGUGCAGCUGCGCCUACAAACACGCCAGCUCCCUGCUCAACCACAAACUCACCCACAAAACCGGAGACUUCAGGUGCGACUUUUGCAGCAAGCCGUACACCAACUACAUGUCAUUGCGCAACCACAUGCGGAUCCACGGUCAGAAGCGCUACAUGUGCGACCUGUGUGGGAAAGCCUUCCGCUUGGCCCGGUACCUCCGCAACCACCAGAGGAUCCAUGACGACGGGCCCAACCGCUUCGACUGUCCCUCCUGUUGCAAGAGCUACAGGACGAUGCUGGAGCUGGCUCAGCACCGCUGCACCGCUGCUGCAUCCAACCAGAACCGGUUCAACUGCCCGUCCUGCUUUAAGAGCUACCGAACCAUGCUGGACCUGGCCCAGCACCGCUGCAGCGCCGCGGCCAAAAACCAGUCCGGAGGUCGCCGUUCCAAUUUCUCCACCACCCCUCGCCGUCAGCAGCAACAGCAGCAGAACAACGCUACCUCCAUGAUGCAAGCGCAGCAUGGAGGACACGGCCAGCAGGAGCCUCUACCGUCCCACUGCGUGUCCCCCAUGUCCCAGGGGGGGCAGGGAGGAGGCGUGUCCAGCCAGUCGGUGUCUGACCCCCACCAGGGCCGUCCCAGCUCAGUGUCAUCUCAGAGCAGCCAGCAGAGCAUGAGGAGCUCGUCCUCCAACAAACAUGUGUCGUCGUCUGCCACCGCCCCCUCCUCCUCCUACUCUCUGCUCCAGCCCCUGGUGCCUGAGGUAAAGGAGAUGAGCUCGGGAUACACUAGGCUGAGCGCCAACCCCAUGCCGAAGCACCAGGACACUUUCUCUCUGGCCCCGCAGCGGCCCCUCACCACCAUCAACCCCAUCGGCCACUCCCUCCACCCGAACGGAGCCCCCACGCUCAAGCCUUCCCCCGUCCCACGCACCAUCCAGGCCAUGCCCUGGGAGCAGCGGUCCCUCUACAAUCAAUGAGACCUCCCCCCCAGGAACCACCCCCCCCCACCCCACCCCACCCCACCCUACAUGUCACGUCACGCCACACCAUCACCACCUCCCCAUCCAUCUCUCCUCUCCCUCCCCCCCGUGGAUGGACUGGAGGAACCGGACCUCUGGAUGCCGGACGCCCCUCCUGCCCCCCCACCCCCACCCCCCCCACCCCCUCUGGAACGUGUUUGGGAAACUGGGAAGGGCACCAUUGAGAACUAGUUGAGAUUGAUAACUGAGUAGUUAGGUUUCAAAUGUGUUGCCUUGACCCUUGUGUCUGAUCGAUGCCAUGAACUGGAUAGAAGUUAAGACGUCUGUUACCUAAUCUGUCCUUUCACUAAGAGUUUAUCUCCUCAGCCUCCUGCCCCCACCCCCCGGCUCUAGUUAUGAAAAUAUCUAUCUUCCCCUUUAUGAAUAGUGUCUCCCCCAUCCCCAUCCCCUUUUUCAUACAUUUCAUGAAAAGAGAGGCUAUUUUUAUCAAACACCACCAUGUCACAACCUGAACAAUGAGGGAGUCCACGGUGCCGCGCUGUCAAAGUCCAAAAGUCCUGAUAUGUUUGUGAACAUAAGCCUGUUAAUGUCACUUGAAGCUUCUGGAAAGUAAAGGAGGGGAACUUCUGUCUUUCUUUGUACGUUUUUGUUUUUAACAUGCCCUUUCAACGUGCUCCAGAAUGGACAUUGUGUAUAUUGUGCGAUAGGAGGGUCAGGACUAUUUCAGAAUGCCUUUUUUUCCCGUUCUCUCCAAUGUUAAAGCCCACCCCCACCCUCAUCUCCAACAGCUAAAGGACCACGACGGAGACGAGCUGACUGUUCCUCUGCAACACAUUUCAGCAUUUGACUAGCUUGUCUUGCGUUUCCCUGAGGACUUGAAGCCCUGCUGUCAAAUAAAUGGACCUCUCUACUCUAGUUUUCCAGCCUGAAGCGGCAGCAGCAACAAGGACAGAAAUGUUCAACCAACACAACACAAAAACUCACUUUUUUUGUAAACCUGCAUCUGAGCAAUGGCUCGUUGGUGUCGUAGUUGGAACAAUUGCUGGGACUCUAAAAGGUUAAACAGUCCAGGUCUUCAUCCUUUUGUUCCACACUGACUGUUACGUGUUCUGUUCACUUUAAAAGCACUUUAAAAC